AUGCGUGAUACGUUUGACUCGGCCACAUCCUUUAAUGGUGACAUCAGCUCUUGGGAUACUGGAAAUGUUGCAGAUAUAAGCUCAUGCUUCGAAUAUAGCGCAUUCAAUGGUGAUCUCAGUAACUGGGAUACAAGUAAAGUCACAAGCCUGUAUCGUACCUUCUAUGGAGCAGCUUCGAUCAAUGGGGAUAUAAGCACCUGGGUCAUUAGCCGCGUCACGAGCAUGCAAUCUAUGUUUAAUCAGGCAUCUUCCUUUAAUGGUGACAUCAGCUCUUGGGAUACUGGAAAUAUAGUGGACAUGAAAGUAGUCUUCAAAUAUUCCUCAUUCAAUGGUGAUCUCAGUGGCUGGGAUACAAGUAAAGUCACAAGCCUGCAUCAAACAUUUCUAGGCGCACCCUACAACCGAGACGACCUCAAUGGAUGGGACAUCAGAUCGGUUACAUCACUGUAUCAGACUUUUAAGGAUGCACCAUCCUUCAAUGGCGAUCUGAGUUCCUGGGAUACCAGUGGUGUGGUAACCAUGGAACACACUUUUUGGCAAGCUACAUCAUUCAAUCGUGAUAUCUCAAACUGGGACGUCGCAUCUGUGACAAACUUUUUUCGCAUGCACUACCUUGCUUCUUCAUUUGACCAGGAUCUGUGUGCCUGGGGUACCAAAAUAACAGGCACUCCUGAUGUAACAGAAAUGUUUAUCAGUACUUUAUGUUCUGAAGCAGCCACUGCUGUGGACUUGGGAGCAAGUCCAAAAGGACCUUUCUGUCAUGUCUGUUAG